CAAAAUAAAGAGUGAACAUAAGUUUUGUGGAAAAAUAUUUUCUUCAACGAAUUGUGAUAAAUGAAAAACGAAUAAAAAAUGAUUAGGAUUAUAAUUGCAACAAUUGUGCUGUUAAGUUUACAAGAAUUUAGCAAAGCAACUCGUGAUGUCGAUCUCCAAGGACUUAUACAGAAUCGUCGGUCUUUUUUAAAUUAUGCAGAAGAGGGUAAACUAGAAGCUUAUCUUUCAUCUUUUGGAUCAUCUCCCAACCAGUCUGAAAUUCACGAAAUUUUCAAACGAUCGCCAAAACGAAAAGUGAGAAAAGCGAAAAAAGGUUCAACGACAACAACAACAGAAUCUCCAGUUGUAGUUGAAAUUCCAAUGAAAAGGUUAAAAUCGAAGAAGAAUGGAAAGAACGUCGAUCAGUCCCAAAGAGACGGUGGAAAUGAAGAAGAUGAUGAAGAUGACGAACCAAUAGUUACAGUAAAGCCUACAAAGUCAACACCACAUAGUGAUUGGCCGAAAGCACCGCAAUUCAUGGAUACAAAUUCAGUUCCAGCUACAUCCAAACAAGUUGAAACAACGCGAAUGAAUCAAAUGAUUGGUGAGUCAACAGAAUCUCCAGUUGUAGUUGAAAUUCCAAUGAAAAGGUUAAAAUCGAAGAAGAAUGGAAAGAACGUCGAUCAGUCCCAAAGAGUUACUUUUAAAUUUGGACUUGAAGAUGCAAAGUAUGACGAAGCUUACGAAAGGCUAAAGAAAAGUCGAAAAAUUCGUGUCAAACGAUCAUCAGAUAUAGAAACUAAUGAUAGGAAUAAAAAAGCUUUUGUUCAACCGACUGAAGUGUUGAAAUUUUCAAUUCAAGACGCUGUGAUAAAAUCGCCAUUCGAAUCGGAAGAUAAAGAUACGAAAGAAAGUGAAAUAAAAACAAGCGAGAGACUCCCGUUUCCACAACCUGAAAUUAAGGAAUCAAUUGUGAUGAGAAAAUCAGUUUAUUUCUACAAGAAUGAUGAGAAUUAUGAUAAGAAAAAUUCAAUGACGUCUCCUGGUCCCGUGCUUUUUGAAGAUUCAAUUCCAACAACUCCUAGUCCAAUGAUAGUAGCACAUCUCACUAUGAAAACUACAUUUAUCAUCCACCAGUUAUUAGCAAGCCCAUUAAAUAUGCAACUCCUAUUGUAG